AUGGACUGCAGGCGGGGCGGCGGCGGGGAGGAGGAGGAGAAGGAGGAGGAGGAGGAGGAGGAGGAUGAGGAGGAAGAUUUAAUCGCUAUCGUGCUGGUCGACGUCUUUUCUCCUCCCCUCGUGGGGGAGCGGUGUUGGGAUGGCAGUGGUCACUGACCUCGUCUGCAUUGUCCGCAUUUGUUGUGCGUGACGCGCAUAUCUCGUAUUCGUGUUCCGUUUGCGUCUGUCCGUGACCACCGCAGCCCGCUGCCACCCCAACACCGCUCCACGACGAGGGGAGUGGGAAUGACGUCGACCAGCAUGACAGCGAUUUAAUCCUCCCCCCCCCUCCCCUUCAGUGCACCCUGCGCGGAUAGCAGUAGGAACAACAGUAUGUCCGCCUGCUUAGCACCCAUAAAUACCGUAAGGCGACGUAAAGAACCUACCUCUGAGGAUGGAAGCUUGUCUGAUUUCGAAACGUCACUCUAGUAAACGCAUGGUUGCCGUGACCGCCUCUUCUUUUCAUUUAUCCCCGGGGUGAGCAUUUUGCUUCAAUUGGCAAUAUAUUUAAUUAUGUCAUCAUGUCUGUGUGUUCGAUGUCCGGAAAAAUUUUCCCGUUCAUUAGCCCCAAAAGUCGACGAAGAAAAAAGCGAUUUCAUGUACCACACUGUAUUGGUUCUUACGUUUCGGAACCCUCCUCGUCCCAUCAUCAGUGUGCUGGGUGUCUGACUGUGCUAGCCUACUUAAAACCAAUUUUUCAGGCACCAGGCUGGACAUCGUGCCAAUGGCUUAGCUGAUGAUACUUGCUUCCCUUAAGCUAAACUGUUUUAUUCUUGUUCUAUGUGGCCAUAUACCAGUGACAGUUUAUCCUCGCUACUGACUGCAAGCUGUGUUUUCCAAAGUUCGUACUUGAAGAACCCGGUUAUAUCGUUUGUGAUUAUGAGAGUUUUAGGAUCGAAAGAUAUAUGUUUGUUUACCAAUGUUUUUAUUGAAGUACACAACAUAGUUCUGGGUAGUUGCAUACUUCUGUGAGACACAAUUGUACAAAUGCAGCCCAAUUUGGGCCCAUAAUUGAUUGAAAAUUAAAAAAGAUUUAUAUAAGCUUAAUAUAGCCAUUUUGUGAGUAAGGCUGUAGCAAAAGAUGUGGUUAUCUAAAAAAAACUACGAAAAAAAUUAGAAUUUAUGAUGCACUUGCGGUCAACGAAAAAUACGCACAACUGUAACCAUCAUUUUUCCACCAACGAAGAUUUUUUCUAGCAGGUGGAGAGGAGCUCAUUCAAAAGUCAACAUCUUGUCAUAGUUAACAUAUUCUGAAAUUGUUCCGUACAUUUAAGUAUCUCUUCCUAAUACAUGACGCAUUUCCGAAUUUAGGCAGACAUUUCAUGAUACUGGUUAAUGCUAUUGUAAUGGCCAACAGGUUUUACAACUUUUUGAUUUGUGAACUUUUAAAAACAUGAGGAAAUCAUGUCAAAAACCGAACUCUAUAUUGUUUAUUCAUUCAUCACGAAAUAACUACCUGCAUUUUUAUAUGCAUUUAUCUGCAGUGAAACUACCCUGAAACGAACAAAUAAUCAAACCAUUUAUGUGUUUGCAGGGAAAUAACUUAGAUGUCACUUUCCGCAUUCCCGGCGUUCCACGCACCUCAUGAAACCCGCCUUCUUCAAUCCAUCCGGCCUGAAUUAAAGUAUGAAACAGAUAAUGGUAGUGGAAUGAACACAUCAAAGCAAUUUGUAGAAGUGGCUUUUGCGUUAUCCUAAAAAUCCAGAUUCUCAUCACAUUCGUCAUAUCAUAAAUCUGAUUUUCAUGCAUAUCUGCGGCUUGCAUGUAAGCGCACCAUUAAUAGCUGAAGGAAAUCCAAGCGUCAGUAGAUUUCUUCAAUUGUGAUUUUACUUAAGGGGGAUUAAUUUACUCCCUACAUAAAUUCAAGUGUUCGGAUCUUCACAUGCUGACCAUACUUUCCCAGUGGUCUUACUAGAUAGCUGUUUUUGGUUCAUACAGUCCACUUUCGUUUGAUAAAAGUCUAUUAUUCCACUGGCACAGAGUUUGUCCUAGCCUGCUGUAGAGGAAGACACAGUUUAUAUUUGCAGGCACACAGUGUUGCUUCUCGAUUUAAAUCAACGUUUAUUUAUGUAUGUUUUUGGCAUUCGGUGGACCUACUGUACAUGUUGACUCAUACCAAAAUAUCCGAGUAUUGGUAAUACAGUGGCUAUUGAGACUUAACCUCAAAUUAAUUACCGUCCGCUCAUAAGUUUACUUGCUAUGACAGUUUCUAAACAUUCGGUGUGCCAACUCAUGAAAUGUUAUCUGGGAAUUUGGUAUACGUUUCCGAUUAGAAAAGAUCAUUUAGAUGAGGUUCUUAGAUUAAUCAACGUGCACCGUAAUCCUAUAGUAGGUCAAUUACUACAGAAUGCCGGCCUUCGAACAAACACCUUUACAGCGGCAUGCAUAAACCACACUCUGUAAAAAUGACUGUUUAUAUAGCACGCCUUUUUCUCAGCGAUUUUUAAUGCCCUUAAAAAUCAAAUUAUAUUUCAGGAAAAAAUGGAUCAAAGUAUUCAUUCAUUUACUAGUUCAGUGAAAAGUUACAUCUUUAAAUGUUCUACAUAAAGAAAUUAUAUAAUAUUGUUCCAAAAGGUGGUUAGUUCUGAAGUCUUUUAUGCCGCGAAAUGCGCCUUCAUAAAACAUCGUGUCCUGCAUUUGCUUAUUUUGCUAGUAAAGUUUACAGUAUGUUUAAAAUCCACUGCCACAUUUCAUGAACACCAUAUGGUCUCCCUUUUACAGAGUUUAGAAAUGUAUGUCCGCUUUCACGGAAGAGGUUAACUAACAGACCUCGAUGGCUUACGCAAGCCUUGAAGAAUGAAGUGAAUAAAAAACGACGGCUGUGGAAAUAAUCGCUUUCUGACAGGAGCACCACAUCUAUAUGCGCGUACAAAAUUCAAAGAAAUCGAGUCAACGGUCUUAUCCUCAAAACUAGAAAGGAAUUCGAACGGGAUCUGCUUAACCAAGCCGCGGAGAACCCUAAAUUAUUCUACGGUUAUAUUAGGCAGUGCACGCGGAACAAGGACCCAAUACCCCUGCUAAGGACUGCUGAAGGCGAACAUCUCACUGACGACAGGGCGAAAGCUGAUCAUCUUUCAGCAUUUUUUCGGUCUGUUUUUAGUAGCGAAACAGGAUUCAACCCUUCGGCCCCUCAAUCCUUCGAAGACACCCCAAUUAUAGAGACCGUCCAGUUCACUGAGGGUAUGGUUCUGACGGAGUUGCUGAGGCUAAAAGAAUCUAAAUCACCAGGUCCCGAUGAGAUUCCGGCGAAGAUUUUGAAGGAACUCGCCGGUGAGUUGUCUAAGCCACUCUCCAUGCUUUUCCAUACAUCCUUCGAGACCGGAUAUCUGCCACCCGACUGGAAGUCGGCGUGGAUUACGCCGCUGUACAAGGGCGGAAUUCGGGUCUCUGCGAACAAUUACAGACCGGUCAGCCUCACCUCCAUUUGCUGUAAGAUCAUGGAGAAGAUAAUAAAGCAACAACUAAUGCAGUUCCUUGAACAAAACCAUUUGCUUUCCGAUUCUCAGUAUGGAUUCCAAAAAAGCAGAUCCUGUGUGACAAACCUGCUCUACUGUCUGGAACACUGGACUAGGGCUGUUGGUAGAGGAGAUAUGGUGCAUGCCAUCUAUAUCGACAUUAAAAAGGGCUUCGAUAGUGUGCCUCACCACCGCCUUCUAUACAAACUUAGCCGUGCAGGAGUGCGAGGUAAGCUUCUGAUGUGGAUUCGGACCUUUUUGAUCGGCCACUCUCAAGCCGUCCACGUCGGUGACCAACAAUCUGCCGCGGUUGCCGUUAAGAGUGCUGUUCCCGAAGGCUCUGUUAUUGGCCCUACACUAUUCCUCGUAUACGUCAAUGACUGCGCAAACGAACUGAAUUGCGAUGUCGUAAUGCUUGCCGAUGACAUAAAUAUCUGGAGUACCAUAGGAAGCGAAGUUGACGAGGCGCGACUGCAGACAAAUCUGGACCACCUCGAGCAAUGGUCGAAAGACUGGCUUCUACCGUUCAACGUAAACAAGUGUGACUUCCUACGCGUCGGCAGAACCAGUUCUCCUAACCACACGGUCUACCGUCUGACUGGCACACCACUGCAAGUAGUCGACGCCCAGAAGGACUUGGGUGUAUGA